AUGAGAAGACAGCUAACCAAUUUGGACACAGAUAGUUUACCGCCAUGUCCAGAAGACACCUCGCCCGAAGACGACUCCCACUUGGACCUCUACAUCAUAGGUAAACUAUGGAUAGACGCCUUGAGAAGUGCGUUGCUUGGUGCCAAAAUUGUGCCAACAGUAGAAGCGGCCAAAACAGAAGUGCCAACAAAACCGCCUCCAAUGCGCCUAAACGAGCUUCCCCUGUACGAUAACCCACACCAGAUAUACAAAGACUACUUGGAAGAUCUAGAAAAAUGUCCAAAAGCCAAAUCAAAGAUGCUGCAUGAGUACUUGCAGCCUCACGUGACUGCUUUAAGAAUGUCGGCGCAGUGUAAUUACUGUGAUUUCAAAUGUGAAUUAGAGAGCAUGAAAGAAGAAAUCUGUUUAAGCAUGAGAAAAGCUAAGAGUGACUUCAAAGCGUAUAUGAGAGAUCCAAAGAAUUUGGAGCUUAGACACAGUGUCGUGGGUAUAGGAGCUCUGAGCGGAUACCUUUUCGCUUCAAAACGAGGGAUACCUGGACGAUUGUUCUUCACCAGUCUUGGAGCUUUAGCUGGUGGGGCUUUGUGCUUCCCGAAAGAAACCGAUGAAAUAUUUAGAAGCGCUAUGUACCAUUUCGGCAAAGCUGCUCUAGGAGUUUACAAUUUGAUAUGCAGUCACAAUUUAAGCUUACGCGACAGAUUACCUUGUGAAGCCGAUCAACCUGCUCCCAAGGAGCUUAAAAAGUUGAAUAAGUGUACAAAAUAG